AUGGUGAACGUGAGCACGUCGACGUUCGAUGAUGCGAUCGCCUCAUCAAGCGAAAAGAUGUGCUCGGUGAUGAACACAUCGUGUGCAUGUCACUACGAAUAUCAAUUCUACGAAUUCCCCGAACGUAUACUUCUGGGCUUGGUUGCAUUGCCAAUCAUUACGUUUGGAUUAUGCGCUAAUCUCACCUCUGUACGUAUAUUCACACAUCGUCUCAUGUCAUCCUCAUCGAUCAACUGGUAUUUGGCUGUCCUAUCAGCAUCAGAUACAUUUAUUCUGAUUUCGGCGUUUUUUGUUCUAUCAUUGCCCAGACUCGGCGAAUACCUCAUGUGGUGGCGUGCGAACUAUAUCAGUUACUCCAUGGCUCCAUAUAUGUAUGGCGUUAUGAUGAUGGCACAAACGAUAAGUGUUUUUAUGACUGUCGGCGUCUCUGUUCAUCGUUACAUUGGCGUUUGUCAUCCGUACAAAUCAGUGGAAUGGUUACCGAAAAAGCGUGUCACGACGUUCAUUAUUUGCCUUGUCGUAUUCAGCAUACUGUUCAAUACAACUCGCUUCUUUGAGGUUCACGUCUCGAAUGUAUGCUUUCGUAUCAACAUCAACUACUACAUGCCUUCCCUGCAACCAACAGCGUUACGACUCUCAGAUUUAUACAGAAAUAUCUUCUUCGGAUGGGCUUACACUAUAGUGAUGUACGUUGUGCCGUUCAGUUUAUUGAUUAUUUUGAAUUCGUUGGUGCUCAGUGCUGUGAGACGUAGCCGACGGAUGCAUAUGGUCAGCCAGUGUGGUCUCGAAAAUGAUGAAUUCUCCAAAAAAGCCGAACGGAAAGAGAGACAAACUUCUAUUAUGCUCAUCGCUAUUGUGCUGCUGUUCAUCUCUUGUAAUACAUUGGCAUUCGUUUGUAAUAUCAUGGAAAAUCUUGAUGAAGUUGGACCCGUUUAUCAAAGUAUGGUGACCUUCAAUAACUUGCUGGUUAUGGUCAAUGCUUCAUGUAAUAUAUGCAUCUACAUGUUAUUCUCGGAGAAGUACCGUAUGUUGCUUCGCCAUUACGUCUUCUGCGAUUGGUCCAGGCAAGGCGAAAUGCUCAUCAGCUCAGCGGCUGAUUUCUGGAGUGAUGCCUUUAACCACUCAAGCGCUUCAUCACCCUACAGGAAUCAUUCAAACGAUAGGGAAACUCAAAGACCAACAUCUUGGACAACGCGUACCUCAUUUGCUGAGAUUUGGGACCUAACGGUCCGCUCCGCAGAUCAAAACUCGCACAGAUCUCGAUAUGGGCGGUUCCCAAAAAUGCCUCUAGUGUUCUGCACACCACGAUCUCGGAUUAAUCAAAAUUCAACGUGCCAAGAUUGA